CGCGGUGUUUGUGUUGAGUGUGUUUUUUUCUCGCCCCAAAUUUGUCGGUCGUACACAAAAUAAUCGUAACAAAACCUCGUCGUUGUUUUGAAUUGUUUUUUUUUUCUAUUAACCGUUAUCAGUUCGUUGAUGGUAUUUCUCUAAACGCAACCAAGUGUCGUCCACCCAUAGGAGAUGCUUGUCGGGGCGUUCACCUUAACACUAUUAGCUUUAAUUUGUUUCGACGGUUCUUUUGGAGAAGAAAGUUAUCUAGGGCAUGGAGAUUUCACGUCGGGCGGAGAUCUUUCGCCCUAUCACCAUUCGGGAGGCGGCCAUAGCACCCACAGCGGCCACCACCACGGACACGGCGGCGGCGGUGGCGGAGGCGGUGGAGGCGGCCACGGGGGCGGCGAGCACAUUCACAAGGGCGAAGUGAUCCACAGGCACGUGCACGAGGGCAAAGUGGAGCACAUCCACAAGCACGUCGGUCACGCCGAGCACGACCACAAGCACGCCGGACACGCGCACCACGACCACAAGCACACGGGCCACGCGGGCCACGACCACAAGCACCACGGGACGGCCGAACACAAGCACUCGCACUACGGCAAGGCCGAGCACGGCCACAAGCACGUCGGCUCGGGCGCGCACUCUCACAAGCACAUCGGCGCCGCCGACCACUCGCACAAGCACCACGGGCAGGCGGAACACGCGCACAACCAUCACGGGCACGCGGAACACGCGCACAACCACGUGGCGCACGCGGAACACGGGCACAAGCACACGUUGCACGCGCAGCACGGGCACAAGCACCACGGCUCGGCCGGGCACACGCACAAGCAUUUGGGGCACGCCAAGCACUCGCACGCGCACGGCGGACACGCGGACCACAAUCACAAGCACCACGGACAGGCGGAACACUCGCACGGGCACCACGGGAGCUUCGGUCACGGGCACGAGCAUCACGGCAAGUCUCAGCACACGCACGCGCAUCACGCGCAGGCGUCGCACGGCCACAAGCACUCGGGCCAUCACGCGCACUCGCACCACCACGGCGUCGACGGCCACGGGGGAGGCGGCGGCGGCGGAGGCGGAGGCGGUCACGGCGGUCACAGCGGUCACAUAGGGUACCUGGUAAAGAGGAACGACGGAGUGGCGCCGCCCGCGGCCGAGGGACUGAGCAAGUACUACAAGCCGGCGCCCGUGGCCGCCGUACAGGAAAACGCGCCGGCGGCCGUGCCGAAAGUCGAGGGCGUGCCGUUGGAGGACAUGUUCAGCAAGGUGGAGAUCGCCGACUACGGCGGCUCGGCAGGCACGACCGAGUGAAGAGAGUGAACUUGACGCGAUCGACUUGACGCGAUCAAACUUGUUAUUCGUCUACGUUUGCCACGAUAAUAAUAAUAAUAAUAAUAUUAUAUUAUCCAUUGUUAAGCAAUAAUACUAUAUAUAUAUAAUAACUAUAUAUUAUACCAUAUGAGAGAAUGUUAUUAUUAUUUUUUUUUAUUUUUUACCUUAUAAAUAUAAUAUUAUUUUAUUAAUUAUAUAUGUAUACUUUUUUACUGUUUUUCUGUUUUUCUGUUUUUUUUUUUAUGAUAUACAUUAAAUAUAAUAUAAUGAUAUAUAUGUAUAUAUAUUAUUAUUAUUAUAUUAUGUGUUGUUAAUAUUUAUAUCUUAUCAUAUAGGUAGUAAUAAUAUAAUAUGUACAUGUUUGCAUCACAAAAGAAUAAUAAUAUUAUUAUAAUAUAUGUUAUACAAUAUUUUGUAAUGUAAAUAAAAAUAUAACACGUUAUUAUA